CAUUCGGAAAUAGUUAUCAAAAUGAAAUAUCCCACACUUAUUUUAUUUGCCCUGGCUGCAUACGCCUUACCCACGUUGGCAUCCAAUGACUACCUUUGGGGCGAAAUUGGUCCCAACGACUACAAAUUGGCCAAGGAUUCGGUUUCAAAGGCAUUUUUUGUUGGCCUUGUACAGACCAAAAAAUAUGUAUUUAAGCAGUCGGACAACCUAAACGCGUUAACCAUUACGGCCAUUAAAGUUACCGACAAAAAGAAAAGCCAUGGAGCAACUGCCGUACUCGUCAGUGGAGGUCCUGGAUCGAAAGGAGCCACACUUAAGUUCACGUCUGAAAGAGGAUACGGAAUAAGUGAUAUAGUGGAAAUAUGGGGCCGUUAAUGCCACUUUCUUCCUUAAUAAUGACAUCCUAUGCAACGAAACCCAAUUUGUUUUUCUUUUUCAAUAUACUGUCCGCAAAAUUAUGAUUUUCAAUUAUGUGAUUAUUA